AUGAGCACCACCACCACGGAAGCUGAGACGUUCGCCUUCUCGGCCGACAUCAACCAGCUCCUGAGUCUGAUCAUCAACACGUUCUACUCGAACAAGGACAUUUUCCUGCGCGAGCUCAUUUCGAACGCGUCCGACGCGCUCGACAAGAUCCGCUACUCGUCGCUCACAGACGCGUCGGUGCUGGACACGGACAAGAACCUCGAGAUCAAGGUGAUCCCGGACAAGGCCAAUGGGACGCUCACGAUCCAGGACUCGGGCAUUGGCAUGACGAAGGCCGACCUCAUUAACAACUUGGGCACGAUCGCCAAGUCAGGCACCAAGGCGUUCAUGGAAGCCCUGGCUGCCGGCGCUGACAUUUCGAUGAUUGGUCAGUUUGGCGUGGGCUUUUACUCGGCCUACCUGGUGGCUGACAAGGUCGUCGUGCACUCGAAGCACAAUGACGACGAGCAGUACGUGUGGGAAUCGGCUGCUGGUGGCUCGUUUACGGUCACGCCCGACACGUCGGAGCCCAUUCUGCGUGGCACGCGCAUUGUGCUGAAGCUUAAGGAGGACAUGCUGGAGUACUUGGAGGAGCGCAAGCUCAAGGACUUGGUGAAGAAGCACUCUGAGUUUAUUGGCUUUCCGAUCAAGCUGUAUGUGGAGAAGACGGAGGAGAAGGAGGUGACGGACGACGAGGAGGAGGAGGACGAGAAGGAGGGCGAGGAGGACAAGCCCAAGGUGGAGGAAGUUGAGGACGAGGAGGAGGGUGAGAAGAAGAAGAAGACGAAGAAGAUUAAGGAGGUGACGCACGAGUGGAACCACUUGAACAGCCAGAAGCCGAUCUGGAUGCGCAAACCGGAAGACGUGACCCACGAAGAGUAUGCGUCGUUCUACAAGUCGUUGACUAACGACUGGGAGGAGCACGCGGCGGUCAAGCACUUUUCGGUGGAAGGCCAGCUGGAGUUCAAAGCGUGUUUGUUCACGCCCAAGCGCGCGCCGUUUGACAUGUUUGAAGGAGGCGCCAAGAAGAAACUGAACAACAUCAAGCUGUACGUGCGUCGCGUGUUCAUUAUGGACAACUGCGAGGACUUGAUGCCCGAGUACCUUUCGUUCGUCAAGGGUGUGGUCGACUCGGAGGACUUGCCGCUGAACAUUUCGCGUGAGACGCUGCAGCAGAACAAGAUUCUGCGUGUGAUUAAGAAGAACUUGAUCAAGAAGUGUCUGGAGAUGUUCGCUGAGCUUGCCGAGGACAACGAGAAGUACACCAAGUUCUACGAGGCGUUCAGCAAGAACCUGAAGCUGGGCAUCCACGAGGACUCGACGAACCGUACGAAGAUUGCCAAGCUUCUGCGCUACCACUCGACCAAGUCUGGCGAAGAGUUGACGUCGCUUGAUGACUACAUUACGCGCAUGCCGGAGAGUCAGCCUGGUAUUUACUACGUGACGGGCGAGAGCAAGAAGGCGGUGGAGAACUCGCCGUUCAUCGAGAAGCUCAAGAAGAAGGGGUAUGAAGUGCUGUUUAUGGUGGAUGCCAUUGAUGAGUACGCUGUGCAGCAGCUGAAGGAGUACGAGGGCAAGAAGCUGAUCUGUGCCACCAAGGAGGGUCUCAAGAUGGAGGAGUCGGAAGAUGAGAAGAAGUCAUUCGAGGAGGCCAAAGCUGCCACGGAGGGACUGUGCAAGUUGAUGAAGGAGGUCCUGGACGACAAGGUCGAGAAGGUGGAGAUCUCGAACCGUAUUGUCGAAUCGCCGUGUGUAUUGGUCACGGGCGAGUACGGCUGGUCGGCAAACAUGGAGCGUAUCAUGAAGGCGCAGGCCCUGCGUGACAGCAGCACUUCGUCGUACAUGUCUUCGAAGAAGACGAUGGAGAUCAACCCGCUGCACCCGAUUAUCAAGUCGCUGCGCGAGAAGGCCGAAGCUGACAAGAGCGACAAGACGGUGAAGGAUUUGAUCUGGCUUUUGUACGACACGUCGCUGCUGACGUCUGGAUUCAGUCUGGAUGAGCCUACAACGUUCGCCAACCGCAUCCACCGUCUUAUCAAGCUAGGCCUGAGCAUUGACGACGAUGACGAAGCUGUUGACGAGGCGAUGGAGGACUUGCCGCCGCUUGAGGGCGAGGACGAGGAGGAGAGCACGAUGGAGGAGGUCGACUAA